UGUGGUUGGUAAGCAAGCUACUUACCACACAGCCACUCCUAUAUUCCAGUUUGUAAAUACGAUAAAAAUAAGGAAACUGAUAAUGCUCAUCUCUAAGAAUAGUUGAUAUAAAAAUUGUCAAGAAGAUCCACUUCAUUCCAUAUACCACCAUGUUAUUUCUUUCCUGUUGGAGUAUUUUGGUUUUCAUUUGUCUUAAUUUUGCAAUCUAUUUUGCAGAUAUCCAGGCCACAAGUUGGGAUGUAACAGUUUGUUUUGAUACAGCUAACUAUUCUUCAAUUCGUGUUGCUUUGAACAAUAAAUAUGUCGACAUAUCAUAUCAAAGCAAACAAAAAUGUUUCAAACCCAAUUUUGAAUUAAACAGUGGAGAAAAGCCAAGUUUUAUUAAAGUUAAUCCGUAUAAUAACUAUGAGACAAUUGUUGGAAAACCAGAUCAUUCAGAAAUAUAUUUUGGCGAAUGCAAGUCAGAUUGUUAUAAGAAGACAAAAUUAGGAAAAUGGACACACUGGAACCUUGAAGUUAUACAUAGUGAGAUGAACAACAAGUACACACAAUCAUUUAAAAUAGUACCUUAUGGCAAAGACGAUAUAAAAUUUGAGAAAGAUUCUAAAACAUCAAAUAAAUCAUUCAUUCUUCCAAUGGAAAUGAAUACAAGGUCAAGAAUAGAAAUAGAGACUACAGGAAAAUUUUGGUUAGAGACAGUUGUCAAGCUGAAGAAUAUGGAAACUUCCAACACAUAUUCUUGUAUUUAUGUUCUUAAACAAAGUAUUCCUUACCAUGAGUGUUCAUUGAUAAAUAAUACUGUGUGGAAAAUAGAACUAACCUUUCAAUCGAAACUAAUUGGAAAUAUAGAAGAAAUGAAAAUAUUUUUUAGAAUGACUGGUAGUGAAACAAACACUUUACAAGCUCUAACAUUAAAAAAAUUAGCUUAUCUCCCCACAUUUUCUGCUUUUAUCAAUAUUGGAAAUAUAAGCAUGGAUGAAGUUGAAAUAUCCUUUGAAAAUAAUAACAAAGCUAUUGACAUAUCUAAAAUUGUCAUGACAAGAAUACUUACUGGAGAAGAAUAUGGUUGUGUUAACGUACACAAGACAAAUUCUAAUGAAUAUUCUUGUAAAUUCCUAAACAAGAAAGAAGAACUGCAAUCAAAUGAAUCAUAUCUCCUCAUAAAAAUAGUUGUUGGUCCCCUUGUAGUCCUUAUAUUAUGCUUGAUCAUGAUUUUCAUUGUCAGAAAGAAAGUGUUCAGAAACAGUGUAAACAGAGGUAACACAUCAAAACUUCAAGAUGUAAAUGAAAAUCAUUAUUACUCCAUGCAAAAUACUACUCCAGUUUGUAUCAGCAAACGCAAUCAAGAAUUACCAUCUUCACAGCUUAAAUCUCAAGAUCUUGUUGAAGAUGGAUAUUGCUGUAUGAAAAAUCCCAGUUCAGUUUACAUCAAUAAACCCACACAACAACCAUUCUAUUCAGAUCUAGAAAUCCAUAUAUAUGAAGAACUUGCAUAAAAAGAACUCCUCACCUUGUUGAUAAUCCUCGUAUUGAACAACUCAACACAUAACCUGACAAAUAUAUAUUAAGAUAAAAUUUUAAUGCUUGGUAGUUUGGCAUGAUUUUUUUAAAUUUCAGAAACUGUAUCUUACUUUUUUAGACAGUGACAUCAUCACCCAGAAAAUUUGAAAAAUAUACCCCAUAAUGAAUAAUUUCAAAAUAAUAUAUGGAAUAAUUUCUCAUUAUUUUUAACUUACAAAAAAUCUUAGUAUAAAACCAUUUUAAAAAAUAAAUUGUAUUUUUUAAAAUCAAUCUAUUAUUAUUAUCAUUAUUAGCAUCAUUAUUUUUAUUGCUACUGGGGUGUAUGGCUUUGUGGUUAGGGUGUUGCAUUCACAACUUAGUGAUCAUAGUUUCAAUCCCUCUACUAGAUGGUGCAUAUUGUUUUUAAGCAACAUAUUUCAUCUCGCAUUGCUCAGUGAUAACUUUGACACUUGACACAUAGUACUCUAUGCACAUUAAAAAGACAGGCAAAGGCAAUCCCAGUAUGAUAUGGCCUUGCUCUUUAUCUUUCCAGGCUCAAUGGAAUUAAAUCAUUUGAACACUAAGGUUGAUGAAAUCAUACAAGCCUCACCUCCUAAAAUUACAGGCCUUGAGCCAGAAUUUGAAACCAUUAGUAUAUGCACACAUGCACACACACACACACACACACACAUACACACAUACACACACACA